AUGCUUUGUAUCUCGAUUAACAUCCACCAGAUCUCCACCCGCUCGUUCGCUUCUCAGAUUCCUACCCCUGCACCUGCUGAGCAGAAGAACAUUCACCCCAAGAAGUACGGUGGCAAGUACACUGUGACCUUGAUUCCCGGUGAUGGUGUUGGUCAGGAAAUCGCCGGUUCCUUGAAGGAUGUGUUCAAGGCUGCCAAUGUUCCCGUCGAGUUUGAACAGUACGAUGUGUCUGGCUUGACCUCGGAGGACGAAGCCUUGUUCCAGGAAUCGCUUGCUUCCCUUCGCCGCAACAAGGUCGGUAUCAAGGGUACCAUGUUCACUCCUACCUCUCGCUUGGGCCACAAGUCCUUCAACGUGACCAUGCGUAAGGAUCUCGAUAUCUAUGCUUCUCUCUCCCUUUGCAAGAACCUUCCCGGUGUUCCCGCCCGCAUGGACAACGUCGAUAUUGCCAUCAUCCGUGAAAACACCGAAGGUGAAUACUCUGGCUUGGAACAUCAGUCCGUUCCCGGCGUGGUCGAAUCCUUGAAGAUCAUCACCCGUGCCAAGACCGAACGCAUUGCUCGUUUCGCUUUUGAUUUCGCCAUCAAGAACAACCGUAAGAAGGUGACUGCUGUCCACAAGGCCAAUAUCAUGAAAUUGGCCGACGGUCUCUUUUUGCGCACUUGCCGUGACGUUGCCAAGGAAUAUGAACACCACGGUAUCCAGUUCAACGACAUGAUCGUCGAUAACACUGCUAUGCAGUUGGUCUCUCGUCCCUCUCAGUUCGAUGUUAUGGUCAUGCCCAACUUGUACGGUAACAUUGUCUCCAACAUUGGUGCUGGUUUGAUCGGUGGUCCUGGUGUUAUCCCCGGUUGCAACAUUGGUCGUGAAUACGCCAUGUUCGAACCUGGUUGCCGUCACGUUGGUACCGAUAUUGGUGGCCAGAACGUCGCUAACCCCACCGCCUUGUUGCUUUCUUCCGUCAUGAUGUUGAGACACUUGAACUUGGACGAACAUGCUAACCGUAUCUCCAACGCUGUCUAUGAAACCAUCCAGACCGGUGCCGCCAGAACCGCUGACAUGGGCGGCAACAGCAGCACCAAGGACUUCACCAAGGCUGUUAUCUCCAAGUUGUAA